AUGUACAGUCCACCCAGCUGGCACUGGCGAAAGAUUUCUGAAGGGCUUCACAGCCCCGCCCCACAGCUCGAGGGCCACAAUUGGGACCUUGAUACCAGAUUCGAGGAGGAUCCAGAUAUGUUCGUGGUGCUCGAGGACAUGUUUUUUUACCAGGCUAUCUAUGAUGGCACAAAGGUGUCUAUCACCGCCGAUUACCCCGGCCUUCUCCCUGCUUCACACGUUCUUACGGAGAAGAACAACCUACUAGCCCAAGAGCUAGAAAAGUGUCAGACGCAGCUAACUGUUGCCCGAUCACUAGAUCAACUGCAAGGACAACUGAAAGCUGCCCAAGGCGGAGAACGAGAAGCCAAGAAACUGCUAGCCGUGGUCGAGCGUGUGCUCAUGAAAGUCGUGAUGGAGAAAAACAAGCUCCAGUAUUCGAAUACCCGAUUGGGCGAGGAACUGAAAGAUUGCAAGGGAGGUCACCUGGCCUGCGCAAAACUGCCGUGGCGAGCGCCCGAGAACCAGCGACAGUGCCAGAAGUGCGAGCGCGGAGGUGGCUUCGACAUGUGGAACACGACGGUGGACGCCAUUCUCUCCUCGAUGAGGCUGGAGUGCCCGCACGAAGGUUGUGGGCUGUACGUAACUUACCACAAGCUCGCCGAUCACCAGAGCGUGUGUUCGCUCAUGCCCUGCAAAUUCCCCGUGCCCGUCUGUGUCUACGAAGGGCUGCCGCAUGCACUCUCCCACCACAUCAGCACCGUGCAUCCCAUGCCCGUGCACAGGAUCCAGUACGGCAAGGUGCUCCAGAUGCAAGUGCCACUGUCGGAGCCACGACUCUUGCUGUUCGCAGAGGAGGACAGCCGCGCGUUUUUCUUGGUUGGCGGCAUGCUCGACUUCGGCGCGCCUAUCACUGUGUCGGUCGUCUGCAUCAGAGCGGGGGUGUCCCCAUUGCCGCACUACGCGGCCAAGCUGUGGGCGAACGGCUUGCCGGGGGAGCCCAAUGGCAGGACCGACACCAUCAAGGUGGAAAUGGAGGUGACAAGCAACAAGGAUCCCGGCGACAUCGCAGUGCAGGAGCUGACCUUCUUCAUAGUUCCGCCCAAGCUGUUGGGCAUGGUUGGGUUGUCAAGGACGGUGUCCCUCAACAUUCAGAUCGACAAGCUCACCUCCUAA